GAGAGAGAGAGAGAGGUCUUCGUAAGCAAGCUAAGUCAUGGCAACGAUAUCGUCAACUCUACUACUCUUAAAUCCUUGUAGAUUAGUUUGUUCACCUCCUCUGAGAAUCCCAAAACUCUCGGUAUUUUCAUACGCUAGAUCCUGCGGAUUCGGACGGCGUAAUCUCGAACCCUUUUCAAACGGAAUGCUAUCGUCGGGAAGCAGAGCCGACGGUGUUACGGUGGCGGCUGCAUCGGUGGAAGGAGUGAUGACGGAGGCGAUGAAGCUGAUUCAAUCGGCUUCACCUACUUGGAAAUCCGCCUUGGCUAACAAUUUGUUGAUUUUUGUUCUCGGUUCACCGCUUCUCGUUACCGGAUUGUCCGCUUCUGGGAUCGCCGCCGCGUUUUUGCUCGGUACUCUAACUUGGCGGGCUUAUGGCUCUGCUGGUUUCCUCUUAGUCGCUGCUUACUUCGUCAUAGGAACAGCGGCAACAAAGGUUAAAAUGUCGGAAAAGGAAGCACAAGGCGUGGCCGAGAAGAGAAAGGGUAGAAGAGGACCCCGUAGUGUGAUUGGUUCAAGUGCUGCUGGAUGUGUCUGUGCUUUUCUUUCAAUAUAUCAAGUGGGAGGACCAGCUUUUUCUCAGCUUUUCCGGCUUGGUUUUGUUUCCAGUUUUUGUACCAAAGUGUCUGACACUGUCUCUAGCGAGUUAGGCAAAGCUUAUGGAAAAACAACGUAUUUAGCCACAACAUUCAAGAUUGUACCAAGAGGAACCGAGGGAGCUAUGAGUGUUGAAGGAACAUUGGCUGGACUUUUAGCAUCAUUUUUUCUUGCCUCUGUUGGUUGUUUCUUGGGUCAGAUAACUCCUCCAGAAGCAGCUGUAUGUGUACUAGCUUCCCAGAUUGCCAAUCUUGGAGAGAGCAUUAUAGGUGCUUCGUUUCAAGACAAAGAAGGAUUCAAAUGGCUAAACAAUGAUGUAGUCAACGUGAUCAACAUAAGCUUGGGAAGCAUUGUGGCGAUUUUGAUGCAACAGUUUAUACUCCAGAAUUGGGCCUAAGUAAAAACGAUGAGGAGGGCCAUGUCUUCUCAGUGAGAAGCCUCAAGAAAAAGAUUGAGCAUCCAUCCAUUGAGACUUAACAGGCCUGUUAACUUGAGUGUUUUGGAAACAUGAAGACAACCUACUAUGCGUUGUUUCUACGAGCCUGUGGUCCGGGCUAUGAUACGACAGUGGCCCAUUAGCCGCGUCAUUCAUCCAAUACACAGCUGACAACAAGUGACAUACGCGCUUCUCAAACGCGUGAAUCUCGGCUGAUAUUAUCGCCGCAAAUGUCGCUUUUUUCUUUCCAAAGUCAAAUCUCCGCCUCACACAACAGAGAGACUUGUGAAGACUCUUUUUCUAUGAUACUUGGUGUUAUAAAAUAUGUAUUCAAUAAUAGAUCAAUUUACAGGUUCUAUGACAUGAAUGGGUUUAUUGGCUCCACAA